UCUCAUAGGAGUUAAAUUAGAUGUUAAAAGUUGUGAAGCUCUAGAAGAAAUAUUUAAGAGAGUUCGAGUUCACAUGUUAGAUGUUGAAAAUACAAAUUUAGAAGAUGAGGUAUGGUAUAAAAAAUGUUUCAAUGUUAUUGUCCAAUCAAGAAACAGCAUUUGUACCAUGUGACGAGGAGAUUCCUGCUGUAUUCCACCCUAGCUUUGCCACAUUUCUUUGUGUGCAGUAAGAAACUUCCCAUUCUUUGUAGCAAUUUGUCAAUACUUUCAUUAUAAAAUAUAAUUUAUAUAAUUAUAAACACAAGAUUCCUCAGAUAAUAAUAUCAUCAAACAGGAUAAUACUGUAUUUCUCUUAUGCUCUGGCUCUACAAAUGUUUUGUUACAGCUAAAUGGAAAAUUUAAUCAAUGUAUUCUUGGUGUUAGAUGAAUGAAUAUUUUAGAAAUAAUUAUAUUCACUGGAGGAUUUUAUAACAGUAUAAAUUUUAUGAAAGCCAUAGGAACUUUGAAUCUUCAGUUGGUAAAAACCUUUCGGUCCUGGAUAGAUUUUGAUAGCUAAGUGUACUAUAUGUUAGUAACUGAUUUUCUAACUUUCUAGGGGGCUAUUGCAAUAAUAGAAAUGAUUGAAUUCUAUCAAUCUGCUCUUCAUAUCUGUAUUGGAUACAAUCCGAGAAUCAAAACACGAGGAUGGCAAAUAUUUAGUCAGAUGGUUAGAAAAGUGAGUACUGAAGGAUUUGUGACCCAAAUAUUACCAUGAGACUUUGCCUACAGUAGUGUUGGCAACAGUAUAUAUAGUAUAGUAAUAAUGGUUUAAUAAUAAUAAUAAAGGUUGAGAUUUGACUUCCACUACCAUUAAGGAACCAUCGUCCAUCAAGCAAUCAGUUUUAUAUAUCACGCCCCUCCUGUAAAUCAGCUUUUAGUUGUGCGAGGCUAGCGUGUUUUUGAUUUUAAAUAAAAUUGAUUGAUGAUGAUGAUGAGAUGCAUUUGAUAUAUAUUCUAUUGACCAAUCGAAUAUGUACUACAGUAAGCCAGUGUGAGGUGCGGCAGUCAAAUCUGAAGCUCUAUUACAGUGCAGUUAACAUGUAUAUUUGUGAGUGUUGUAGAGCAGCAGGGUCUGAAAUUUAAGAUUGUUUUCAGUAUCACAUUGGGUACCGGUAUUCAAAGUUCUAGUAUCCCUCCUGAAAUUCUAGUAUCCCACUCUAGAUACAGGUUACCAUAUGUUUUGGCAUAGUAAGUUUCUGUAAGUACUGUAAGUUAGAUACAUGUCUCUCAUUGUUACAAACUACAAUAACAACCAGAGACUCAACAGUCAACAAAAUUCUAGAAAUGGACCAACUGAAGUUGUAUCAUGAAUGAUUUAUUUUGAUGCACAUGAACCUUGGGAAAUAUUCUAGUUUUCAAUAUGGAAAUGAUAAUGGUUCAGAUUAUCCUAAUGGUUCAGAUUUUAUAUACAAGUCAUUCACAGUUUAUCAAAAACCAAAUUUUAGUAUCCUGUUGGGAUAUGUGAAUAUGGGGAUCCAUACUUCUCCUUUUGGAAUUCAGGCUAUGCAGGGUACUGUAGGUCUUGAUAAACAAUAUUCAUGAGUUUUUUUCUGUGUUGUUAUUGUUAAUUACUCAGGUGAAUAUGAUGUUUGUGAUGUUACUCUGAGUGUAUAUCCACACCGGACAAGCUUGAAAAAUAUGCCUGGCCACGGUGGGAAUCGAACCUACGACCUUUGGAAUACUAGCACAAUGCUCUGCCAACUGACCUGGCCGCGUAGCUCAAAAUGUGUUUUAAAUGUUUUCGUUUUAUUUCCAACGUUAUAAUUUCGUUUUAAAUACGAACCAAAGACCAUUUGUAUUUUCAAAAACAACAACAAUGAAAAUGGCGGGAAAUUUUCGAACUUCGUAUGUCACUCGCAGGGGUGAAAUACGGAAAAUACGCGCACCUGGUCCUGGAUGUAGUGACGUAUGAGUUCUACGAGUGUUUUAGUUUCCAGUAAAACACCAUUGUCCAUAUAAUAAAUAGUGUAUACUCGAGUCUAUACUAUAGUCUAUAUGUAUGCAGUAUUUGUGCGAAUGCAUAUAGUGUAUAGUAUAUAUAGUAUAUUGGCUAUUACGUUGAAUAAGGUCAAUACGAUAAAUUAUUGUAUGAUGUUUGUUGUAAUUUGCGCGCUAUGUAUUCGUUUUGAAUUAGGUUUUUGAAUUCGUUUUCAACAAGGUUCUUAAAGAACUAGGCAACACAAUAAAUUAUUGUAUAAUGUUUGUUGUAAUUUGCGCGCUAUAUAUUUGUUUUGAUUAUAUAAUGUUUGUCUUUCUGAAACGAGAGAGAUUGGUACAAAGUGUACCGAUGGUAGAAACAAUACCAGACCGUCCAGACGCAUUGAUGAAAAUGAUAUCAUGUUUCUCUGUAAACCACAGGUAGUGGGUAAGCCAAAUAUUGGCAUCGAAUUUACCGAUCGUAAUACACUUUUUACCAUGCGUUACAUAUCGUAAUAUUGGACAAGUAUGAAUUAUACCCCCAAAAGCAAGAAAUUAUAAUGAAGUUUUUCGCUGAAUUGUGCACUGUGACUUAUUUCAAUACAUCGAAAUCAUCCCGCCAAACAUCUCUCUUAUUCAUCAAAUUGCGCAUGCAGCCUUUGAUCCCUUCGGGGGUGAUGCUGCACUUUCCUUGCGAUAGUAAUUUCUAGUUUCUAAACUAUCCUGGUAUAUUUGUAACAGGCUCAAUUUGUUGAAUUUAUUGAUCUUCGCCAUUGUUGCUUCAAUGAUCCUUGUACUGCUGUUAUGGCUCGUUCAUUAAAAUUGAAUACAACUUUGAGAAUUCUUCACCUAGAAGGAGAUAAUUUAUCUGGAAAAUUGUUACUCAUAUUAUGUAAGUUACUUUCUACUGUAUCUCAAACGCGAGGGUCCUAAUGUAGGUUGUAUUCUACAAUGAGCUUCUGUUUCUGACCUGCGUGAAAAAUAUCACAAACAUGGGGGUCCAGGAAAUCUCGUACUGUACCUAGAGUAUGCCCGUUCACAGGGUUAGGUGCUGGGCAUGCCCACCAUGAGUACGAGUUAGGACUGCAGGUGGUAUUCUACCAUCAGCUGUCAUGGAUUGUGUCUAAACUACAUGAAAAAGAUAUAAAAAAGAUAUCUGUCACAUAAAAAUUGUGUAAAUAACGUAAACCUAAAUACAUUAUCAAGUCGAAUGUUAAUUUUUUAGGUACAGGAAUCAAAUUUAAUCAAUCUAUAAGUGAACUAUUCCUUGGAGAUAAUUUUUUGGUCCCGUCUGAUGCGAGCACUCUAUCAGCCAUGUUGAAAUCAAAUACAACCUUACAGUUAUUGGAUGUCAGGAAUAACAUGUUGCAAGUAAGCUGCCAUUUUGCCACAUUUCAGUGAUUUUAUACACCAAUUAUACAUUGUAACAAAUUUUCUCAUACAAAUUAGGACCAAGGAGUGCUACAUUUGUGUGAUGGUUUAACUCAGCAAAAAUCAUCAGGAGUUAGGACGUUGGUUCUAUGGAAUAAUCAGAUUACGCGACAUGGCAUGAUUCCAAUGGCAAACCUUCUGGUAAGUUUGGGAUAAUAAUAUAUAGUCAAGUUUUAAUAUAUACGUCCGUGUUCUAUGUUUGACCUGGUGUGUCCAGUUAGAUACAGUCUACUGUAUACACUACAGCCGUGUUCUAUGUUUGACCAGGUGUGUCCAGUUAGAUACAGUACUACUGUAUACACUACAGCCGUGUUCUAUAUUUUUGUCCAGUUAGAUACAGUACUACUGUAUACACUACAGCCGUGUUCUAUAUUUGACCAGGUGUGUCCAAUUAGAUACAGUACUACUGUAUACACUACAGCCGUGUUCUAUAUUUGUCCAGUUAGAUACAGUACUACUGUAUACACUACAGCCGUGUUCUAUGUUUGACCAGUUAGAUACAGUACUACUGUAUACACUACAGCCGUGUUCUAUGUUUGACCAGGUGUGUCCAGUUAGAUACAGUACUACUGUAUACACUACAGCCGUGUUCUAUGUUUGACCAGGUGUGUCCAGUUAGAUACAGUACUACUGUAUACACUACAGCCGUGUUCUAUGUUUGACCAGUUAGAUACAGUACUACUGUAUACACUACAGCCGUGUUCUAUGUUUGACCUGGUGUGUCCAGUUAGAUACAGUACUACUGUAUACACUACAGCCGUGUUCUAUGUUUGACCAGGUGUGUCCAGUUAGAUACAGUACUACGGUAUACACUACAGCCGUGUUCUAUGUUUGACCAGGUGUGUCCAGUUAGAUACAGUACUACUGUAUACACUACAGCCGUGUUCUAUGUUUGACCUGGUGUGUCCAGUUAGAUACAGUACUACUGUAUACACUACAGCCGUGUUCUAUAUUUGACCUGGUGUGUCCAAUUAGAUACAGUACUACGGUGUACUCACAGGAAAAAUUAAAAUGCGCGAGCGCUUGCUCGAAUUCAUGCAGUUGCAUUUUAGAAUUUCGUUAAAAGACUCGAUCCGUAAACUUUAUCUAAAUAAUCGAUAUUACUAGGGUACCAGCAAGGUAGGGAUUGCUGUGGGCAUUAAAAGGAAAUAGAACUACACUACAAAUUAGAUCAAGCACAGUGACAGUGAUUAAGCCAUGCAAGACCAGGGGUUAAAGAGCAAUCACAAGGUGUACAGGUAAAUUAAUUAUAUAACACAAGUUUUUGCUAUCCGAUUUCAUAUCAAGUCUGUUUACUGCUAGGCACAUUUACCACAUUAUAUACACAGAUUUAUUACACUAAGAAACCAAAACUUUAUAAAAAUAUAGAACUGACAGUGGCCAAAGUCCAUUAAGUGAACAACGCACGAAAAAAAGAACGAAGAAAGGAAAUUAAAACACCUAAUCGUUUUGAACGAAGGCCUUUCAAUAAUUGUGCUUCCACGUGAAUAUUAAAACGUCCAAAUUCGAAUUAAGGAUAAAAUUGGAUAAAAGAAAGAAACGUAUCUGAUUAAUUAAGUGAUUAUCAAAAUAUUUAUCAACAUAUAGACCAAUUGCGAAACUUAGUGGCCGCGCCUUCAUACUGCACGAGAACGAGGCUUAUUAUGCAAAAACAAAACAAUUUCUAUAUUUUUACAUAGCGAAAAGUGAAUUUUAGGGUUUUUAAAGUGUUUUUUCUUGAAUCUCUUUGAUCUUUUCUUAAUAUUUCGUGCUAGGUUAUAUAAAUAUUUGUUAAAUUUAUCUAAACAUCGAUUUCCCACUAUAUUUUUACCCGCUUUGGAGAGAUAUUUCGUUGUUGUUUUAGCAUGCGAUGGGACCAACAUAUGGAAAAGAUCAAUCUAGACUUUAAAAUCUGAUCAAGAUGCAAAUAAAAUAGCCAGUAUAACUUAACAAACUAAAAUAUAACUCUUUCUACCCAGAUUUUUUUAGACUUCGUGCGAGAAAAAAACGAUUUUGUCAAAGGAUAAUAACAUAAAAUUUCUACAAAUUUUGCCCGACAUUUACUUUCAUAUUUUUAAAGUUAAAAUGGAAAACUUGCUAUUAUAUUACAACUGAAACAAAAUUUAAUCAAUGUUACAACUUAUUCUUUGAAAAGUAUUAAUAAAACAGACGGAAAAUACCUGAUUCUUUCUCUGGUAUAAUCUGCUUCUUUUAUCGGACGGCGAAAAACAGCAAAACUUUGCCUCCCACGCCGCAAAAAACAAUGAAAUUUGAAGUAAGACUAAAUCUAUGAACAAGUUUAAUAAAGAUUUACAUAGUCAAAACAAAAAUAUUGAAAAAAAAUGAAGAGAUUACCAUAAAAACGCGUCUCAAACACUGAAAUUCAUUUUUCGCCAUAUAAAAAUAUAGCAGAAUGAUUUGUUUUUGCAUAAUAAGCCUCGUUUUCGUGCAGUUGAAGGCGCGGUCACUAAGUUUCGCAAUUGGUCUAUGUUUUUAUAAAGCAAAGCAGAACUAUCUUGCUCCGAAAUUGUGCUGAACAGUGAAUUGAAUCACUGUAAACCUAAUAUGUCUUUACAUGUCUUAAUGUCUAGGAACGCAAGGUUCCACGGCGCGGAAACACCACGGAAAAAUAGGUUACUGCGCAUUUCCGAUCGCGCAUGACCACAAUGCACCGCGCUAGAAUGUUUUAGAUAAAAAUCCCCACUUAGAUCUGCUGCGUCGCUCGCUCGCUUCCCCAGCAAUUAAAACUACAAGGAACUGAUUAUAAUAUUUAGCUCUCAAAACCUAAAAUACACAGAAAAUAUCUUUUACAGGGCGAUCUGACAAAAUGUCCGAUGACUUUGAGUUUGGAUCGGACAUAUGUAUGAUGAUGUCAGUUUGGCUCCAAAAUAAGUCUGAAUGACACAUAUUAAUAUCAGCACAAUGUGUUAAUUCUGAACUAAAUUUUGUGAAGAUAUUAAAUAGUUUCUGUCAUUCAUACUUAUUUCCAAGCCAAGAUUAACUUGCUUCCCAAUAAUAGCAGCACGACAUCGACAAUUUAAGCCCGUUUUCCAUUUCGCUCGCCGCCCUGCGCUCGAUCACAUUGCUAAAAACAUUUCCAGCCUCUAGUCCUGGACUAGGGUACAUUUUGAUUUACGUGCGUGGAGAAAGCGUCAUACAAAGCUACAGUUCGGUCGGACACCAAUUCACUCGGGUCGGACAAAGAAUAAACCUCAGUUUCACUUAGGUUGGACAGAAUGUCCAGUGGUUUUCUCUCUAUACGUCGGACAAUUUGACGAAUGGGUCGGACAAUGUCCGUGACCGACCGAUGUUUCAAGGCCUGAAAAUACGAUGAAAUUAUGAAUUUGCUCCCACCAUUAAAUAAUAUUAAUGCAGUCCUGUAUACAAAUUGGAGCCGGAGGCGAGUGGUUAAAUAAAUCUUAUACAACUUCGUUGAAACUUCGUAUAGCUUGUGAUUCGUCAUGAUAGCGUAUUCUUCUGUUUCAAGAUAUAGUAUGAAUAAUAAUAAAUAUGCGUGUAUAAUGAUCCAGUAUUUCUCCAAAUGGUCCUUACUAGUCUUGUUGCCCAGUUUUCAUAGCAAUUUAUUAUUUUUAGGCAAUAACACAAAACAUUCAAACAUUAAAUAUUGGCCACAACCGAUUAGGAAAUGAUGGCAUUCGCAAUCUACAAAUAGGACUGUUGAAAAAUAGAUCUUUACUAAGACUUGGAUUAUUGAAUACAAAGAUAACAGCAGAAGGUAGGUUUAGUACUAAUAUUGUUUCAUUUAUUGCAAGAGUCAUGGUUUGAUUUUUGAACCAGUCCAAUGUCUGGUUAGAUCUAGGGCGGAUUUUCAUUUUUUUAAAGGAGGGGUGCAAGCGGUGAAUCAUCAAUCCUGAGCUAAUUGUUUUAGUAUAAUUUCAGUAUUGAAAAAGUUUUAUUUAUAUGUACUAUUCAAAACACGAGUAGGAGUGUUUUAUCAGAUAUAAAACGCGCAGCCUUAGAGUAUAAACAUGAUCUUAAUAAUUUCACAGAAGUACAUUCCCAAUCAUUACAUUGAUGGGAAUAAGUUCAUUAAAUAUCAAAGUACGAUUGACUAACCCUUAUUACUACAAUUUCAGUAUUGAAACAGACUACUCUGAGCAGUAACUAUUGCUUUUCCAAAAUUUGGUUGAAAAUCAGACGGAAGUAAAUUAAUUAUGCAAAUUAUAUUCAUAAAAUAAACAAGUGUAUUAGGGGCCGACCAUUUAACUUUUGAGGGGGGGGGGGUGAUUUUGAAAAAAAAUUUCCUGCAAGGCUAUUCUGAACAAAAAAAUACCUGCAUUAACAAACUGGGGAAAAAAUAUCCUGCCCCAGUAUUUGGUGGGAAAAAAUUUUGCAAAACAGCAUGGUUGCAGGGAUCGAUUUGACCAGUCCGAGAAGAUCAGCUGGUUUGAUUUUCAGGGACUAGUGUAAGGUUAAUUUCUUGUUGGAAAACUCCUCAAAAUACUGGAAAUAGCUUAUCUGAGCUUCAAAAAUUCCAAACUUUUCUGGGGGGGGGGCAUGCCCCCAGACCCCUCUAGAGGCUCGCACCUUCGGUGGUCGACUCAGUUGUCUCAGAGUCCUAGUUAAGCAUGGCCUGAGCUGCUGCCCUAUGACGUAUACUUAUUAGUUAAACCAUGCAUACAUAUGCUGUAGGUAGCUGCAGUGAUACAGACAGGGCUGUAGCGAGGGGGGUAUUGGGGGGUGGUUAACCCCCCCCCCCAACUUUUUUAGAAUCAACAUAUUCAGAAAAUUGGGUUGGCCAUUCGGAAAAUUACGGCAAUAAUAGUAGAACAAAAUUUUAGUUGUUAAACAGAGAAAAUAUUAUAAAAUUGUAUUGUCACUAUAAAUUGUAAGCAAAUUGUAAAUUUCGACAUACUAACACGCUUUUUUCUGACCAUCAGCAUUCUGUCAAAACUUCCCCAAAGUCCAGGAAAUGGCAUUUCAGAGACUCGAAAUUUCAAAAUUUCCUCGGGCCUCCGGCCCGAGCUGUAAAUAAACAAAAGCUCCCUACCGCACUGCUUCUGUAAUAUGUCUGCGCGUAAAAUAUGCGUAUUUUUGUUUGUAAAUUGCGUCUUCAUUUUGCGAAUAGCAAACACCUUCGUGGCUUAGUAUGCCAUGAUAUAUUCGGAAAUUUUUUUCGUCAUUCGGAAAUUUUUGGCCUACACCCCCCCCAACUAUACAUGCUAGCUACGGCCCUGAAUACAGACUUGCCGACUGGAACUUCUCCAGGUCCCCCGCUAAUUAUGUCCUCUCCAGUUACACAUCCUUAAAAAAGGCCCUGAACCAAAUGUUAUACCUCAUAGCAAUAUGUAUCAUUAAGAGCAAUGCAUGAAGCUAGAAAACUCAACGCUAACUAUAAUUAAAGAAUCUAAAUAGUAUAAGCUAUUGAAAAAAAAAUGCUGCGAAAGAAAGUGUGGCAAAAAAAAUCGUACAUGGUGAUGGGAUAAAAAAAAAUAUCUUGCACAUAACGAUCCCAGAAAAAAAUUCCCUGCCAGCAGUAAAUCACCCCCCCCCCCCCCUCAAAAGUUAAAUGGUCAGCCCCUUAAUUGUAUUAAAAAUACUCAUUAAUAAUUCAUAAACCAUUAAUAAUUUUUAAUAUGUCACGUGGAGUGACUUUAUAUCUGAUAAAACUCAUCUUCAUUAGUAUUCUUUAUAUAAUUGUUCAUCCUAUAAUUAGUAUGAUUAUAUAAUUGUUCAUCCUAAGUUUUAUCAGACAUAAAACGCUCGUGUGCAUGUCCGCAUGACCACAAUGGGAAUCAAAGCUGCGACUGUUUGCUAGUUCAAAGCACCCGCACUGCGAUCAAGCAAACUUUUCAUCUUGCACGGUAUGGACACGAUCAGAAUAACUUAUUUCUGGUUUAAUUUGUUUCACUAGGUGCAGUCGCACUUGCUGAAUAUGUUGCUGACACUAGGACUUUAUUAAGAGUUGAUCUUCGUGAGAAUGAUCUGUUUGUUGGAGGUUUAAUGGCACUCACUUUAGCCGUGAAAAUAAAUGAAACUGUUGUGAGAAUUGAUCUUGAUAAAGACCUCAAAAAAGAACAGGUUGGUUGAUAGAAUCAAGGGGAGAUUAGCCCCACUGCAUUACCGUGCGAUGCCCUGAUGGACCCCCCGAUUCUCUACUAUUGUAGGGGCUCAGGAAAUCUGGUAAAAAAAUAUAACAACCGGCUGGCCCAAAAAAAGUACUCCUCUUUGAUUCAGUAUAACUUAAAAAGUAAAAGAGCUCUUACAUUUAAACAAGAGGUACUGUAUUCAGUAAUGUCUAACUUAAAGUUUGGUAUAUACCAUGUGCAUUUUAAUACAGUAUUGACUGAGAUAACUGCGUUUAAAUUUGAGUUAACGUUUCUGGAAAUGUUGAAAAUUAGCGAAAAACUGCCUAUUAAAUGUUAAUACCACAAUAACCUGCAUGUGUGUGGGUAAUACUGCAGUCGAAAAGUAUUCGUUUGUUUUCCAAAUAAAAAUGCUAUUCAUUAGCAAAUGCAUGUCCCCCAACAAGAAAUGCAAUUUCUUACCCUUGUGGGCAUGCAGUUGAAGGAAUUUCGGAUCAUCUGGGGAUCCAGGUUGCGAUAUGCUGUUACAUGCAAUUGCUCACAAAGCUCUCUAAAAUUAUUUGGUUGUUGAUCAUGUGGUACAUUCCAAAUUCGAUGCUUCAAGUAGCCCCAAAGAAAAAAAUCGCACACCGUCAGGUCAGGAGAACGAGGGAGCCAAGGCGAAUCACCCUUUCUACUCAUCAGUCGACGUCAGCCAGGAAAUUGCCCCCGAAGAUAUCGAAUAGUUGCGGUACUGCUUGUCAAAAUUAGUUUAAUAGGCCGUUGUUUGCUAAUUUUCGACAAUUUUGAAAAUGUUUACUUAUUUUCAAACCAAAUGUCUCGGCCAAAACUAUAUUAAAAUAUACAUGGCAUAUACCAAAGUUUAAGUUAGACAUUACUGAACUACUUACUCUUUUAAUUUUUAAGUUAUACUGAAUCAAGGAGGACAACUACUUUUUUUGGACCACCCGGAAGAUGGAACUUGUAAAAAUUGACUUUAAUUCAAAAUUCAAGUCAAACCACAGGGAAAUUUGGUUGUAACAAUACCAAAACUACAGUUUCAUAGCUAACUUUAUUAUUUACUACGUUUAUAAUCUAAACAAAAUAUUGCAGUUUUAGUGAACAGAUAUGUGCAUAUUGUAGGUCAUUGAUUCGACGGUCAAGUUUCAGAUUGCGUUUUAGAACUUGCUUUAAUGAUAUCAAAAUGGUGCUAUAACGUUCUAAAGCCCAGUCGCACUGAUGAUGCUAAUAAUCAUUGGCUUCACAUUUUGCUAAUAUGUGAGGGCUGGGCAUGAUUGCAAGUGAAUUCUAUUCUGGGCAACUAAUUUUCAUGUCUAACUUGCCCUAAUCACAACUGAGUAGGCGCUAUAUAUACUUUUUAUUACUCCUCAGGGAAUGGAAGGAACACAGACGUCGCUCCUCGUUGACAUUUAUCAAUAUUUAGAAAGAAAUAAGAAAUUGGGAAUUGAAAGAGAGGAAUUGAGACGUAAAGAACUGGAGCAACAGAACACUGCUCAUGACGUCACAUCAAAUGAAAACGUUGAUGACUUACCCACUGAUGACGUCAGAACACACGAGACCAUUGAUGGUACACCUUGUGAUCACGUAAUUUUAGGGAAUGACAACACUGAAAAAAGUUGUGAAGAGGAUGAAAGGAAAUAUUCUGAAAAUACUGUUGAUGAUCGGAGUUCACGGUUUAUUGUGAGUCCAGUACGUGAUGACACGGACAUCUUGUGUAGCGAAAUUAAUGAAGAAACCGAUGAAGGUUUUAACAUUGAUGACAAUUUACUGACGGAGGCAGCUGAGCCUAAGGUGGAUACAAUCAGCGAAACAAACCAAAUUUUGAAUGAAGCAGAUAACGUUGAAGGUACAGUACUCUACACUAUUAUACUGUAGGAUAUUAUAUAAUGGCCCUCAUAUACCCAGGCUCUUUUGUCACUAGAGUGUGAGAGAAAAUAGUGAAGAGGUUGGUUUAUAUAUUGAAAUUUUUCUAUUUAGAAAUCUCUGAUCCAGAAGAAUUUGACAAAGAAUUAGACGAACUUUUAGCAAAUGUUUCUGGAGUGAAAAUUGAUUUAUCUGAUUUACCAAAACAAGAUGAAACAGAAGGUGAGCCAUAAGCAAAAUAGAUUCCGGAUUCUUUAUUUCGAUCUUUUGUGCUUGAACAAAUCGUAUUUCUCAUUUGUAGAAUUCUGGAAUAAAGAUAUGAAGGAGUUAUUGGAAUCCACAGCGAGUUGAGGUUUUGAACUCCUACUUCUGAAACCUCAAUUUCGUAUGACACAAUGAUUUGUAAUUGUAUUUUAAAAUGUCUAAACUUUCACAAGUACAAAUAGAAAAAACGGUGACAAUUGUGAAACACUUCUUAAUACAAACUUUUACGUGAAAUAAAUUAAAUCAGCAGCCAGUACGACAUUGCUGGCAUGCAACAUGCACAUAUUUCAUUGAUGGAUGAGGAAAAGCUAUAAUUACGUCUGCUGCUCAUCUGUUGCUCGGCAGGUUGUGACAAUGAAAGUGUUUCUAAAAUAUUUCGGUCUCAGGGUUUGGCCAUUCUUGGCCACUUCUGGAAUUCUUGAAAAAGCAACAAGAAAUGGUGAAAAACUAAACGGGUUAGACUUUAUAUUCUGUGAGAGGUUAGGGACUGCUCAUUAUUUAAUGUACAGGGGGAGACUGAGGAGAAACUCUACAGUUAUAAUAUUUUUUCGUUGCCCCCCUCUUAAGACAAGUAAAAUUUUCAAAGCCCCCCCCCCCAACAGGCAAAACAAGAACAUAAAUUUUGGCCCCCCCUCUAGCUCUUUAUCUUUAUUUAGAGAAACAAAAACUCUAGCUCUUUAUUUAGAGAAACAAAAAUAGAUAAUGGGGACCAAUAGACAAUUCCCA